AUGAUGUACUCUGCCGGUGCCAUGUACGCAGAGAUCUACCGAAACCAGGCGGCCGCGGCGGCCGCCAAACCGAGGGAGGAGUCAGCCCCUCCCCCAAACCUUCACCACACCUUUGAGGACCCCAAUCAGUUUUACACGGCCCCCGCCCUGGGAUACGGCCAACAACCACCGGUACCACCAUUCCCGCAUCAGCAGCAGCAGCAAGGUGCGCCUGCGGGCUGCCCUCCUAUGGGGGGUAGCGGUCCCUACGGCCAGCAGCCGGCGCAGCCGCCGUUUGUGUCCCCGCACAGCCAGGCAAAUCCGUAUGGGGAUGUCUACGCCGCGUCGCCGCCGCAGCAGGGCUACUCCUCGUACGCGCCUCCUCCCCCUCCGCAGCAUCAACAGCAGCAGUACAACGCGCCGAAUCAGCUUCCGCAGCAACAGUAUGGUAACUACACCCAGCCGCCUGCCGCGUAUGGUCAUCAGCCACAGAUGAAUCAGCCGCAGCAGCCACUGCAGCCGUACGGCACGCCCGGGUACACGGAGCAGCUGCACCCGGACUUUAUUCGCGUGACUCAGGUGCAGCUGCGCAAGAGCAGCAACAAACCCGGGGCCCUCUACGACCACCCAAGCGUGCCGCGUAUGAUGCCGCAGGACAUCGAAGAGGACCUUCAGCAGCGCAUGCCUGCCCCGGUGCACAUCACGCCAACCCACCGCCUCUGCAUUCGACCGACGAUGGGCACUUUCCCGCAGACGCAGCAGCUAGCAGACUCCCUCGGCCUACCACUCGGCAUCAAUUUUCGUCCCUUUGCCGAGCCGCGGCUGAACGAGGUGGACCUGUCGGACAAGGGCAACGCCAUGAUCCGCUGCAAGGCCUGCGGCGCCUACAUCAACCCCUUCACCACCUUCACCGAGGCCAACGACGGCUCGCGGUGGCAGUGCAUCUUGUGCAAGCACAUAAACGUGACGCCGCGCGCCUACUUCAGCCACGUCGACCCGACGACUGGCCAGCUUGAGGACAUCAUGAGCCGCCCGGAGCUGCUAAACGGCAGUGUUGACUUCUACGCGACGCCGGAGUUCCUGAAGCGCCCGCCGCGCCGGCCCGUCUUCCUGCUGAUGCUGGACUGCUCUUUCUCUGCUGUGGCCUCGGGCCUGCUGGAGGCGAUGUGCCGCGGGGCCCUGAUGGCUCUGGACUCCAUGAAGGAUGACGACGCGCUGUACAUGGGCAUCAUGGGUUACGACAGCACUGUUUACUUCUUCAACUUGCGUUCCUCUCUGCGCGCGCCGCGCAUGAUAGCGUCCCCGGACACGGUCAAGGAUAUCGCCAACGUGAACGACGACUUCAAGCUCGAGAAGGUCGAGCUCCCAUGCCCGACGGGCGACUUGGUGGUGUCUGUGAAGGAGUCGCAUCACCUCCUCCGCAUGGCGCUCGAGUCCAUUCCGAACGUAUUUGCCUCCACGAAGGAGGUCGGCUGCGCAUUCGGCCCCUCCUUGGCGGCGGCUGUGACGAUGCUGGAUGCGAACGGCGGCAAAAUUCUCGCCAGCAUCACGAAUAUCCCAUCGGAGGGGGAUGGCAAGCUGAAGCACCGCUUCGAUCCGGCGAAGCUGUCGAAUCAGCCGAAGGAGUACACGAUGUGUGCGGCGGCCAACGACUGGUACAAACAACGCGCACUGGCGUGCUCAAACAGCGCCAUCUCAGUCGACUUCUUCGUCGGUGCAAACAAGGAUGUGGACUUGACGACGAUCGCCCCGCUCUCCCGCUUCACCUCCGGCUCUAUCCAUCGCGCGACGGCCGUGACCAUGAGCGGCAUGGCGGAUCAGGUGCAGCGGUCCUUGCUGCGCUUUACCGCCUUCGACUGCACGCUGCGGGUGCGCACGUCAAAGGGGCUCAUUGUGCCGAACUUCUAUGGUCACUGCCACGUGCGGGUGCCAGAUUUACUGGUGCUGCCCAUUGCCGACGAGGAUUCGUCUUACUCGAUCGAAUUCAAGAUGGGCCCUAACUACACCGCCAAGUUCGCAUACGUGCAGUUAGCCGUUGUCUACACGACGCGCUCGCGGGAGCGCCGCAUUCGCGUGCACACAGUCCAGAUCCCGGUGUCUUCCACCAUUGGACCGGUCAUCAACUCGAUCAACUCCCUCGGCAUGUCGUGCUUUCUCACGAAGAUGUGCGUCGACAUGGCCGUCAACGGACCCUUCCCGCAGGCGCAGGAGAAGAUAACAGAGAAGCUGACCACCGCGUGGAAGGCGGCCCUGAAGCAAAUGGAGGCUCAGGGAGUGCGGCCGGGCGCGGGUGAGCUGCUCAUCCCGGACAGCAUGCGUUUCAUUCCGCAACUGCUUUGUGGCUUCUUCCGGUGCGCGGCGACUGGCCUCGCGACGGUGCGCCCGCUGCCGCCGGACGAGCGCGUUGCUUCCAUGUCCUCGGUGAUGUCGUGCCCCAUCGAGGCGAUGGUGCCAUGGUAUGUGACGUGGACCUACGUUGUGUACGCGCCGGAGGAGGACGUCAGCCAGUUGCCGGCCUCCAUCUUCUCGUCCGAGCAGUGCGUGCACCGCGAGGGCGUCUACCUCAUCAACGUCGGCGCCGUCAUCGUCUUGUGGUUCGGCAAGCACGUUCACCCAACCAUCUGCCAGCUGUUCGGGGUGGACCCCGGCGAGAUGACCCCGGAAAAGGCGGGGAAGCAGGAGCAGCUCAGCGCGUCGCCAGAGCAACUGGAGGCUCUGCGGCAACGUGUCGAGGACCUCAUCUGGACGCAUCGCCGAAUCAACCGUAGUGUCUUUACCGCCGUCAUGGAGCCGUGCGCGCAAGGAAACGCCACGUACGAACCGAUGAUGAAGCGUGGCAUGGGGGAGGACAACACGCGCAACCUAAUCGCCUACGGGUCCUACCUACGCAAGGUGUGGGACGCUGUGAGCGUCGGCAAGUAG